AUGUCGGGUUUUGGUGGUGCUCAGGAGAAUAUAGAGGUUGUUGGUGCAGUUUUGGAUAAUGUUGCUGCGUUGUCCCAGGCUGUGAACUCCUUGGAGGACUUGGAUGUGAAUUUCUACAGGUCCAUUGAUUCAGAAUUUUCACAGAAUAUUGACAAAACUGGAAGUUCCCUAUUGAAAAUCAUCAAUGACCUAGUAAAGUGUGUUGAUUCUGAUGGUUUUAAGGCACAGGAACCACCAAUCGACGAAUAUGGCGAGGACAGCUUGAAUGACAAUUGGAAAAAAGUCUCAAAUGCCUUUGACAAUAUCCUUGAGAAAUCUGAUAUCUCAUUCGACCUGUAUCUAAGAAAUAAAAAUAAUAUUGAGAACCUGAUGAUUAAUAAAAAUGCAAACAGCAAACCCAGUGAUGUCCAUAUAAACAACAACCCUACUAAUAACCAUAAUAAUAAAGAUUCAGAGUUUACUUAUUUAGACGAUGGACAAGAAAAUGUUGCUUCCAAUCAAAAUAGAAGAAUCGAAAAACCCCAAUUGAAAUUUAAAAUUCCAGUUGAUAAUUCUGAAAAUGGUCCAUUCAAACCAAAGAUAUCUUCUAAACCCAAUGCGUUGACUCCAUUUGACCAAGUUUAUAACUUGGUUCAGUAUGACUAUAAAUCUUCAAACUUGAAAUCUUCCAACAGUCUGGAUACAAAUAUGGAUACAGAUUCUGAAAUUGAUAACCCAUUUCAUUACAACCAUCCUUAUCAAUACGAAAUUCAGAACCAACCUUAUCCUGAAUCGAUAUUAUUUAAAUCAGAACCAAUACCGAGCAAAGACUGGAAUAAUACUACAGCAAUUUGGAUCGACACUACUAAAAAAUUAAACAAAAUGAUAGAGCAUUUAAAGAUUCAAAGCGAGAUUGCUGUUGACUUGGAACAUCAUGAUUAUCGAACUUAUUAUGGUUUAGUCUGUUUAAUGCAGAUCUCAUCAAGAGAAAAUGACUAUAUAAUAGACACAUUAAAAUUAAGAGAUGAGUUGUCUCCUCUAAAUCUAAUUUUUACAGAUCCUAAUAUCAUAAAAGUAUUUCAUGGUGCGUUUAUGGAUAUAAUUUGGUUGCAAAGAGAUUUAGGUCUCUACAUUGUUAGUCUAUUCGACACUUAUCAUGCUUCAAGGUUACUAGGCUUCCCAAAGCACAGUUUAGCUUAUCUUUUAGAAACUUUUGCUAAAUUUAAAACCUCUAAAAAAUAUCAGUUGGCUGAUUGGAGAAUAAGACCUUUAACAAAUAUAAUGCUUCAAUAUGCUAGAAGUGAUACUCAUUUUCUACUAUAUAUUUUUGAUAUUCUAAAAAAAUUACUACUUGAAAAAGAUUUGUUAAAAAAUGUCUUGUAUGAAUCUAGACAAGUUGCAAAGAGAAAAUUCGAAUAUAACAAAUUCGCUCCAGCUGAAUAUGAUAGUAACAUUGUUUCUCCAAACAUUUCUAGAAAUUUUGAUAAAAGAGAACCUUGGAGAUCCUUAAUUACACAAUAUAAUAUUCCCUUCUCAAAAGAAAUUACUCUAAUAAACUUGUUCAAAUGGAGAGAUCAAACUGCUAGAGAUUUAGAUGAAUCUGUUAGUUACAUCAUGCCAAACCAAUUUCUAAUUUCUUUAGUUAUAUCUUGUCCAACAGAUGUUCCUGGCAUUUUAUCCUGCUCAAAUUUUAUUCCAGAUGCUGUAAGGUCAAAUGUUAAAAGGAUUGCAGAAAUAAUCCAAGAUUCUUUAAUUGAGCUGAAAAAUAUUGUUUUUGAUCAUGUAGUGCCAAAAAACUCAAACUAUCUUCAAAACAAUAACUACCGAUUUAAAAUUGAAGAUGAUUAUUCCAUCGAUGAAAGAACUGUAAAUAAAUUAACUUCUAAUUUUAACAAAUUACUUAAUCUUAGUAAUUACAGACUGAAACCAAACCUUAAUCUCAUUAAAUCAAACUCGAGGCUUUUUUCUAAUAAUAUGAUCUUAACAAAAAAUAAUGUUAACGAUUAUAUAUGGUGUGUUAAUUUUGAUAGCUUUAGUAACAUAAAGUCCAAAGAUAUCAAUGAUUUAAUAGAAAGAAAAAAUAAAAUUGACAAUGCACUUAAUAAUAGUGAAAAUCUUCUUCAGACAAAGAUGAACCUCAACGAAAAAGUUGAACAAAAAAUAACCACUGAAAAUCAAAAUAUAAUGAUUAUUGAUGAUGAUGAUGAUGAUGAUAAUGAUGAUGAUAAUGAUAGUGAUGAAGAAAAAUCAAAAAAACUUAAAAAGGAAAAAUUGGAUCCAAGAGAAGUAAUUGUUUUACGUACACGAAAUCUUACUCUAACUAACAAGAAAUCCGAACCUGUUUCUGAGGUUAUCUCUGAUAAAAUUGAUUAUUCAUCCACCGAAAAGAAAUUCUUGAAAAAAGAUGCAAAAAAGGCUACCAAAAAGAGAAAGGCAUGGAAUCCAUAUACUGCACAAGUUGAAGGAAUUCAACCAGUGAAAAGAAUUCACAGAAAGAAUAACACAAAGAGCGUUUCAUAUAAAAAGUAA